CGGGGGCAUAAUUGCAAUCGCAGUGCUCACCUCCAUCUUCUCAGUCGCCGUCCCUACCUCUGAACGAGUGGCCCUGCAGUCGGAGCGCAAUUGCACGCGCGUCACAGCCCAGCUCUGGCCGGGUCCCACACUACCCGUGCUUCUCGGGGAGGUUAUCCGGGCAGAUUCGAGGUACUUAUAAAGCCCCUCAUCCAGGCAGACGCAUAGAAUUCCCUUGCCGUCCAAAUUCAUCUGCGGCAGCAUGUCCGACACCGCCAAGACUGUCGUUCUCGUCACCGGCUGCUCCAAAGGUGGCAUUGGCUUCUCUCUCUGCGAGGAGUUCGCAUCGCGCGGAUGCAUCGUGUACGCUACGGCGCGAAGGCUCGAAGCUUUGCAGGACUUCACUCACGAGAACAUCCACACCCUUGCACUGGACGUCAACAAUGACGAGAACGUGCAAGACGUCGUCAAAACUGUCAUAGAACGGGAGGGGAAGAUUGAUGUACUAGUGAACAAUGCUGGUGUGGGCCACACGGCCGCUAUCAUAGACGUCGACAUGCAAGACAUCAUGAACGUGUUCAACACCAACGUCUACUCGGCCAUCCGCAUGGCGAAGGCGGUCAUUCCCCACAUGGCAUCCCGCAAGAGCGGGACCAUCGUCAACAUAGGCUCAAUUGCUGGCCUCAUCCCUGUACCUUGGGGCGGCAUAUACGGGGCUACAAAGUCGGCUCUGCACGCCAUCACCGACACCCUCUACAUGGAGUGCAUGCCCCUCGGCAUCGACGUCGUCCUCAUCGCGCCCGGCGGCGUCAAGUCCAACAUCGCCGCGAACCAAGUCGAGCGCGUGCAGCUCCCCGAGAACAGCCUCUACCACGCAUACAUAGACUCCAUCCUCAGGAAGCUCAACCUGAGCCAGGGCAAGAGCUCCAUGCCGACGCGCACGUUCUCGCAGAAGGUCGUCGGCGCGGUUCUGAAGUCGAAGCCGCCGCGGUACAUGAGCCUCGCGGCGAUGUCGGGGUUCUACAAGGUCCUGCAAUGGUUCCCGCGCGGGUGGGUCUUGCGGUUCUUCUGGAGAUAUCUUGGCGAGGGCCCGCGGUUGGCGGCGCAGAAGAAGAAGCAGGGCAAAUAGCCUGUAGACAUUCGUUCGUGCUUUUAACAGGUCUCGUCUCACCCACUACUUCCCACAGUAACUGUCUAUCACGGACUCGAGUGUUGUAUUCCUUACGGAGCGCCCCUCUGACCAAAUGCCGAUAUUCCCAG